AUGAAGAUACUUUGUAUUUUCCUGACCUUUGUCUUCACUGUGUCUUGUGGUCCAUCAGUUUCACAGAAAAAAACAAAAGAAGAUGUAGAGAGAAAAAGAGAAUGUUAUCUUGUUCGUGGUGCUUGCAAGACUUCAUGCAACAGUUGGGAGUACAUAUAUAAUUACUGCAGUACUGAGCCCUGCUGUGUUGUACGGGAAUACCAAAAGCCAGUCCCUAAACCCAUCAAUACCACAGGGGAUAUACUGUAA